UGUGCAGUGUUGGGGUACAUCAUGAAGAGUCAUCAAGCAGCAAAGAUGUUCCGGCCGAAGCCCACACUGAAGGACAGACAGCACCUUUACAAGCUGAUCAUCAGCCAGCUGCUGUAUGACGGCUACACCACCAUCGCCAACAGCCUGAUCAGUGAGGUGAAGCCUCCGAGUGUGGUGUCUCCAUCAGAGCAGCUCAUGCAGCUGGCCAAGAUGGGAAUGGAGAACGAUGACAGUGCGGUACAGUACGCCAUUGGCCGCUCGGAGACCGUGGCGCCCGGUGUGGGCAUCGACAUGGAGUUUGAUGCAGACGUGCAGACCAUGUCCCCAGAAGCAUCGGAGUACGAGACCUGCUAUGUGACGUCUCAUAAGGGUCCAUGCCGUGUGGCCACCUACAGCCGUGAUGGGCAGCUCAUAGCGACUGGCUCCGCCGACGCCUCCAUUAAGAUCCUGGAUACUGAGCGCAUGCUGGCCAAAAGUGCCAUGCCGCUGGAGGUGAUGAUGAACGAAACGGCCCAGCAGAACAUGGAGAACCACCCUGUAAUCAGAACCUUGUAUGAUCAUGUGGAUGAGGUCACAUGCCUGUCUUUUCACCCGACCGAACAGAUCCUGGCCUCUGGCUCUCGUGAUUACACUCUCAAACUCUUUGAUUAUUCAAAGCCGUCAGCAAAAAGAGCCUUCAAGCACAUACAGGAAGCUGAAAUGUUGCGCUCCAUCUCUUUCCAUCCGUCUGGGGAUUUCUUACUAGUUGGCACGCAGCAUCCAACCUUGCGUCUUUAUGACGUCAACACUUUCCAGUGUUUUGUGUCCUGCAACCCUUUGGAUCAGCACACAGACACCAUCUGCGGAGUCUGUUACAAUCCCAGCGCUAACAGCUACGUUACCUGUAGCACAGACGGCAGCAUCAAGUUAUGGGAUGGAGUGUCGAACCGGUGCGUGACCACUUUUGAGAAAGCCCACGACGGCGCUGAGGUCUGCUCGGCCGUCUUCUCCAAAAACUCCAAGUAUAUCCUGUCCAGCGGGAAGGAUUCUGUUGCUAAACUCUGGGAAAUUUCCACAGGCCGAACUCUGGUCAAGUACACAGGUGCAGGUCUCAGUGGGCGACAAACGCACCGCACUCAGGGUGUUUUCAACCACACUGAGGACUAUGUGCUGCUGCCAGACGAGCGAACCAUCAGCUUGUGCUGCUGGGAUUCACGCACAGCUGAGAGGAAGAACCUGCUCUCAUUAGGCCACAAUAACAUUGUGCGCUGUAUCGUACACUCACCCACCAACCCUGGCUUCAUGACCUGCAGUGAUGACUUCAGAGCACGAUUCUGGUAUCGCCGCACCACCACUGACUGACACAUUUACGUGCUUUAAAUCCAAAAGGGUCUGAGUUUCUUUUAUCAGCAGGUCCCAAACACAGAAAUGUCCACACUGUGUAUGACUUCACAGGCUUGUUUGCCAAGGCUCCAUAUCAUUUAACACACAAAAGCAUUUUUAAAAGCAUCAGAGAGCUUAUGACUGCGGUACCUUUGUAUUACUGUCGGGUGGUGCUGUUUUACAACCAUCUGAGAUCCAUCGUUUUCAGAUUUUUAGAACUUUACUACCAUUUAGUAACAUCAGAACUAUCAGCCGUAAAGUUGCAUUGAAGCUAGAGACAGAAAAACAUUUUUUGGUUUAUUUGUGUAUCUGACAACAAGUAGUUGAGUAUUAUUCUGUCAUGGCAAGUGCCUAGAAUGCCGUCUUUUCAGUUUUGAUUUGUGUUCUGUGCUCUUUGUUUUAUAUUAAAAGACUCUGGGAGAAUUGUUUCUUGUCCCAUUCC